CCUGCCCGUUGAUUAGACUGCCGCAGUCACGUGACCAGGAAACAGCAGAAAACAGGGCUCCGCAGCAGAGAGAAAGGUAAGGAAAUAAACAAAGAUCGGUUGCAGCCUUCAGGAUGCAGAGCACCACCAACUACCUGUGGCUGAUCUCAGACCUGCUGGGUCAGGGAGCCACAGCCAACGUGUAUCGCGGUCGCCACAAGAAAACCGGCGACCUUUACGCCGUCAAGGUGUUCAACAACUUGAGCUUCCUGCGGCCGCUCGAUGUCCAGAUGAGAGAGUUUGAGGUUCUGAAAAAACUCAACCACAAGAAUAUUGUGAAACUGUUUGCUGUGGAGGAAGAGUCCAACACCCGUCACAAGGUCCUGGUGAUGGAGUACUGUCCCUGCGGGAGUCUCUACACCGUACUAGAGGAGCCGUCCAACGCCUACGGUCUCCCAGAGGACGAGUUCCUCAUCGUUCUGCAUGAUGUCGUGGCAGGUAUGAAUCACCUGAGGGAGUACGGCAUCGUUCACCGCGACAUCAAACCUGGAAACAUCAUGCGGGUGAUCGGAGAGGACGGACGCUCCGUGUACAAGCUGACGGACUUUGGAGCCGCCAGAGAGCUGGAGGACGACGAGCAGUUUGUGUCCCUGUACGGAACCGAGGAAUACUUGCACCCAGACAUGUACGAGCGGGCCGUUCUGAGGAAGGACCACCAGAAGAAGUACGGCGCCACGGUGGACCUGUGGAGCAUCGGCGUGACGUUCUACCAUGCCGCCACCGGCAGCCUCCCUUUCAGGCCAUUCGAGGGGCCUCGCAGGAACAAGGAAGUGAUGUAUAAAAUCAUCACGGAAAAGCCAUCGGGAACAAUCUCCGGGCAUCAGAAAUGUGAGAAUGGGAAAAUCGAGUGGAGCACUGAGAUGCCAGUGUCCUGUAGUCUGUCCAAGGGCCUCCAGAGCCUCUUGACUCCAGUUCUCGCCAACAUCCUGGAGGCGGACCAGGAAAAAUGUUGGGGCUUUGAUCAGUUCUUUGCUGAGACCAAUGACAUCCUCCACCGGACCGUAGUUUACGUCUUCAGCCUGCAGCAGGCCACGCUCCACCACGUCUACAUCCACGAGUACAACACGGCGGCGCUGUUCCAGGAGCUGCUGUGUCGUCGGACCAGCAUCCCACUGCACAACCAGGAGCUGCUGUAUGAGGGCCGCCGCCUUGUCCUCGAUGCCAACCGCCAGGCAAAGACCUUCCCCAAGACCUCCAGAGACAAUCCCAUCAUGCUCGUCAGCCGCGAAUCUGCCGCCACCGUGGGACUCAUCUUCGAAGAUCCGAGUCCUCCCAAAGUUCAACCUCGCUACGACCUCGACCUGGACGCCAGCUAUGCAAAGACUUUUGCAGGUGACAUCGGACAUUUAUGGAAAACCUCGGAAUCUCUGCUGAUUUAUCAGGAGCUGGUUCGAAAAGGAGUUCGAGGUUUGAUCGAGCUGAUGAAGGAGGAUUACAGCGAGAUUCAGCACAAGAAGUCGGAGGUUUUCCACCUCUGCAGCUACUGCACACAGCUGCUGGAGAGGACCGAACAGCUGUUCGAGGUCUUGAUGCAGACCAGCAUGCUGUCAUCAGAGUACGACGAGGUCUCAGACAUGCACAAGAAGGUCCUCAGAGUCUCCGGCUCUCUGGAGCCCAUCGAGCGAACCGCCCAGGACAUCAAGAGUAAAUUCCUCCCUGGAGGUCUGCUGAGUGACGGCUGGACACAACAAGUGGGGACACACCCCGAGGACAGGAACGUGGAGAAGAUCAAAGUUCUGCUGGACGCCAUCACAGCCAUCUACCAACAGUUUAAGAAGGACAAAGCAGAGAGACGUCUGCCGUACAACGAGGAGCAGAUCCACAAGUUUGAUAAACAGAAGUUGGUUCUUCAUGCCAGUAAAGCCAGAGCUCUGUUCACCGAUGAGUGCGCCAUGAAGUACCGCCUCUUCAUCUCCAAGAGCGAGGAGUGGAUGAGGAAGGUUCAUCACAUCAGGAAGCAGCUGCUGGGUCUGUCGGGUCAGCUAAUCAGCGUCCAGAAGGAGGUUACGGUCCUGAUGGAGCGAGCCAUCAAGCUGCAGGAACAGCUUCCUCAAAAGGUUCUUCCUCUGGUGUCCAGCGGGAUGAAACCUCAGGCCUACCUGAGUCAGAACACUCUGGUGGAGAUGACUCUGGGGAUGAAGAAGCUGAAGGAGGAGAUGGAGGGAGUGGUCAAAGAGCUGGCAGAGAACAACCACUUCCUGGAGAGAUUUGGGACUCUGACUCUGGACGGAGGCCUGAGAGGCUGAAAGACGUCCACAGACCGGCUGAAACCUUCUUGUACAUUUUCUGUAAAUAACUUCAGACUGAAAGCUUUCCUGCAGACGGACGUCCGGACGCUUCGCUCAGAUCGCUUUCGAACCCCAGAGAUGUUUCCAGCUGAGGAUCACAGUAGAAACUCUCCCGUUUACCUCUGAGGACACAAACACGACUUUCACGCUGAGAGGGUUGAAGAUCCGUUCAUGACUCAUUUCUUUCCAUCUGUUUGUUUUCAUAUGUGAUCUAAAUUUUUAAAGUUCAGCUUAAUGUCGUCAAAGUUGACUUAUUUAUUGAGAAUAUCAGAAGAAAUUCAGGAAGUUCUUUAAAAAAAAAGCUUGAAAUUGAUCCAAAAGAAUGAAUUAUAAAAUUUCAGAUGAAAUUCAAUUUAGUUUUUUUUUUAAACUGCUUUACAUAUGAGAGUUAAUCCAUUUACAAUAACCUUACAGAAUUAAACCCAUCUGCAUGUUUUUUUUUUAGUUUAAUUUUAAAUAAUCGGAAUAAAGUUGUUUAUUAAAAAAGUUAAAAACAAUUUGGGAUUGAACUAAUAACAAUUUAAUGAAAAAUUUAAUUAAAUACAAAUAAUCAAAUUUAAAAUGGAAAAACAAAUUAGAUUUGAUGCACUAAUCAGUUCAUUAAUCAGCGCAAUUAAAAAUUUCACUUUUUUUAUGCAUGUUUGUUUUUUUGUUUUUUUUUUUUACAGAAUUUCAGGACAAAUGUAAAUUAAAGCUGAAAAGCAAAUGGUCACGAACGAAUCCAUCACAUAUUUCACGUGAAAGUUCUGUUCUUUACUUUAUGGACGUUCAAGGAUUCAUAUGAAUUCAAGGGAUUGUUUUGAAUUCAUUUGAUGGAAAGAAAAUAUUUAAAAGCCGUUAAAAUGUACAGAAGAGCAUUAAUUUUUCCAUCAGAUGUUCAGUUGUUGAAUCCUCUGACGGUGGAAUUUAUUUUAUCUUUAAACUUCAGAAAAAAUCUGAACUAUUCUAUCUCUAAAAAUUUGUUUAUCCACUUUGAUUAAAGCGAAAUCAUUCAUGUCAUAAAAAUGAUGAGAAAUACUGAAUAAUUCUGAUUCCAUGUUGUUGUUUAUGAUCACUAGCGAUGAUCUGGUUUGUAUUUAGAGGUCAGAUAUUUGCAGACAUACCUCGACUGUUCAGGAAGAAACGACUUGUCGCUUCCUUACUUUCUUGUUCUCAUUUUGUCAGUAAUCAGCAUCAGAAGGCAUGAUAACUGUGUAAACAACCUGUAAAUAAACAAACAUCUGGAGAAGAAGCUGCUGACGUUAACUCACGUCAAAGAUUCUCUCAUGAACGGUUCGGGUCUGAGUUCGGAUCGGGGUCUGCCCAGCACAGGGGGCAUGUUGGCAUGAUCAGAUCUUGUUUCUUGUAAACGAGGUUGAAAUCACAUCUUUAACUUGAGUAAAUGUCGGGGUUUGUCAGAUGACUCCGGUUUUAAAUAAAUUGGGUGCUUAGAGUUGAA